UUUGUUUACAUUUUCAAGUGAACAGGAAAAACAAUUUUACCUCUGGAAAUGAUGCUGGUUUAUGUUGUUUAACUCAUUGAUUGUUAAUUGUUGUUUUGCUUUUCUAUGAUUUAACUAAUUGUUAACCUGUUGGUAUGAUUAAACGAUUAAUUAAAUCUUUCCCAUUGAAACCAUUACCAAUUUAUGUUGGUCUUGGUUUCAUUGGUUUCCAAGGAUAUCGGAUAAACAAGAAUCGUUUCAAUGAAUCAAUUGAUUUUGAUUAUGAUGAUAAUGUUGAUGGUAAAUCAACUAAUCAACCUACUGAUUUUGAGAUUUCACUAUUGAAGCUUUUACCUCUUCGGAUCGCAUCAAGAAUCUGGGGAACCGUUAAUUCAGUUAAUUUACCUGAAAUUAUUCGUGAACCGAUAUUACAAAGCUACGUGAAAGCAUUUAAUUGUGAUCUAAAUGAAGCUGAAAUUGAUGAUUUAAAAAGUUAUCAAAAUUUGCAACAAUUUUUCACUCGUCCAUUGAAAUCUCAUGUGAGACCGAUUGGUGAACACGUUUUGACAUCACCUUCCGAUGGUACUAUUAUUAAUUUUGGACCCGUUGAUGACGACGAGAAAGUGGAACAGGUUAAAGGAGCAACUUAUUCACUUUCAUAUUUUCUGGGUCCAAUCAAUUGGUUAUCAAGGGAAAAAGAUGAAACCAAUUUAAAUUACAGAUCAAAAUUAUUAACCAACGAUAAAGAUAAUCAACUUUACCAAUGUGUAAUCUAUUUGGCUCCAGGCGAUUAUCAUAGAUUCCAUUCACCAGUAGAUUGGCAGGUCAAAUUUAGAAGACAUUUUUCUGGUAAAUUGUUCAGUGUUCGUCCAACUUUCGCCAAUUGGAUGCAUGGACUUUUCCAAUUGAAUGAACGAGUUAUUUAUUUCGGUGAAUGGACUCAUGGAUUCUUUUCUCUUGCUGCCAUUGGUGCGACUAAUGUUGGUUCGGUCAAAAUUUACUUCGAUCAUGAAUUACGGACCAACAGACCAUUUUGUAAGAAAUACGUUUACGGGGAUAAAACUUUCACCGAGGAAAUUUAUCCCUCCAAAGGUGAUCCAUUUGGUGAAUUCAAUCUUGGCUCCACAAUUGUGUUAAUCUUUGAAGCGCCAAAAGAUUUUCAAUUUAAUCUUAAAUUAGGACAGAAAAUUAAAUUUGGUCAAUCAUUGAUUGAAAAUAAAAAUGCAAGAUGAAUUUUCCCAAUAAAAAAAACAUAAAAAAUUAGACAAAUAAACAAAUUCCAUCAAAUCAUAA